CGGCGAAAAUUGGUAGUUUCCUGAUUGGUCAGGUUAUCAACGGUUAUGGGAAUGAAUGGGAUCCAGGAUUUGCCAUGAUGGAAUGGCGGACCAGACUCGAAAGGCUGAAUGGUCUAAUUCUGCUCCUAUGCCCUAUGGUCUUUACACGGAGUGCUUGGCAGAUUGGCUCAUUGAUAGCACUCAGCAAAAAGCACAAAUACCUCACUUGGAUGGCAAUAGGAGGGAGCCUUCCCUCCAGAAUCCGUUCUGAAAGUCAGAGUCACUGACUGGCCUGAUGGGCUUGACAGUCUCAGAGCAGUAACUACAUCAUAGAGCAACUUAAACCAGAUAAGUCAAGAGUUAACGGCGUUAUGUAUAUAUAGAUGUAAAUAUAUAGAUCCCCAAACUUCUUCAAGCUUAGGUGGUAAGUAAUACAGUCUUAAGAUGGUAUAUAAGAAAAGUUCAGUUCAAUUCUCAAGUUAAUUAAUGCAAAAUGUUUGUAAUCCAAAGACAAAUGUUGUGCGAAGCCAAUUAUGUCGAUAUUCCACAGGUUCCAUGACAGCAAUACAAAAUAACAAUACUGGUAGAUUUUAUCUCUGAAGCUGUCUCCGGCGUGACAGUCCGGAACUCUACCACUGUCCCCAAGAGGAUGAAUGAGAAAUGAACGGUGAUGUAGAGAUCACACGAGAGGCCGGAAUGAAUACCCAGGCAAGUACUACAGGGAUAUUUUGCCUUUCCAGCACACUUCCAAAACACAGGCAAUAAUCUAAAUCAGAAAGCCGGACAGAAGUAAAACAAGAGUAACAGAGUAGCCGGCAAGCAAUUCCAAAAAACACAACAGACUGAAUCAAAAGUUCUAAAAUCAAACCGGUCCACAAUAUAAAAAUUGCAAGGCAAAGCAAAAGAAAAAAAAACACAUUCGAAAGGAAAGCGCACUGGAUUACAAGACAGACACACACACGAUCAAGCGUUGGCUGAGUGAGGAACAACACAAUUCACAGCUUAAAUAUUCAGAAUAAUCAAGCACUGGUGAAGUCAGUUACCAUGCAGGUAACAGAGCAAGGCAAGAAUGUUUAGCAAGAAGAAGCCCGCUGGCAGUCACACUAACAACACAGCACGGGAGGUUUGCAAGGAAGGUCUGCAGGAGAAUGCAAGGGUUCAAACGAGUAGCCUGAUCUAAGGGCUGUUCCUGGGGACACAUAUCGGUCUACCGUUGAACCUCCUUCCGCAUUAGACUUUGAGGGACUAAACACUGGAUAUUUCUUCCUUGGCCAGAAGCAAAAACGUGAGUGGUAACAGUGACCCGAAGCCAGAGGCGCUGACACUACAAAUGUACAGAACCAAUUACACCUUCAACAUUUAGGCCGAACGACAUACUGAAUAUAGAUAAAGUGAAGCACAAUGCAUAAUGUAUAUUUUAUCAAGGGCAGGAAUCUGUAUUAAGGAAGGCGUGUUCAGAAACUUACUGAGGAGUUUCCAACAACCCUUCCGUAACCUCCCCUACUGCGGAUUAAAUAAGAACUCCUGCACAUCUCCGCACCCAUUGCUGUGAAGGUUGAUUUAUUAAGAGUGUCAGAGCCGGAGAACCGCGUGACUGCGAUGGGUCAGUGGCCAGACGUAAAAGAACUCUUUUCGAACCUGCUUCCCGCCGCUUUGAACGUCAUCGGCAAUACAGCAUUAACAGCAGUUCUGUAUGGACUAGAGUAUCUGGUGGAGAAAAACAGCCCAUGUCCCUGUGAUCCGGAAUGGAACGCUAUCCAUUCGGAUCUUGCUUUUAGUGUACCCACAGUCGUCCUCCUUCUCAUCAGUAUGAUGAUGGUACCCCGUUCGCGGCGAAUGUUUAAGUGUGGAACGUGCAGACCAUGUCCCAAGUGUGGAAGGUGCAGUGGAUGUCCCGAGUGUGGAAAGUGCAAACGAUUUCUCAAGAGUGAAACGUACAUUGAAUGUUGCGAUUGUAGAAAGUGCACUUCUUGCCCAAAGUGUGAUUCACAGUCGCAAAGUAACAAUGGAUGCUGUUGUUGCUGGAACACCUUCAACCAAGUUUGUUUUGUAUUUAACACACUGAUGCAAAUAUCGAUCCCAUCUGUCAUAUGGGUUGUUAUUUUACUGCUGGAUGGGGACUAUGUCGCCUGUUAUUUCGCCCCUUCAGUCAACCGGACGCACGGCCAUCAGACAUGCAAAGAGUUUUGCAGCCUCGAAACUUCGUCUUCUCUGCGCGAGCGUUGCUUCUGGUCCCGGAAAAUUGGUAGCAUUAUACUGGUUUUAUCUGUGUUCUUACUGGUAUUAGUAAAAUUCAUUCCGAGAUGGACUUAUUGUGACUGUACUGAGGAGGGAUAUUACAAGUUCAAGUAUCAACAAUCUUUGGAAAAGAAGAAAUGGAACAAGAUGACAGAAGACUUGGGGAAGUUAAUGGCAGAGACUGCAAACGACGAGGCCAAUCAGCUAAUUUCAAAACUGAAACAACGCAAAUCUGAUCAGGGUGAACAGAGCUCUAACCAAGGUGAACCAAAGUCUAACCAGGGUGAUCCGAACUCUAACCAAGGUGAACUGAACUCUAACCAAGCUAACCAGGGUGAACCAAACUCUAACCAAACAAGAGAUACAAACGCUGAUGAAGCUGGCCCCAGUGAAAGUUCAGCAUAACCAACUGUAGGAGCCGUGUUUUCUGUGCUGCACGUUAAUUAUCUUUAUUAUAAUAAGUAGUCACGUUAGUGAGGUGGUGGUAAAAGCAAAUGGAAUAAGUAUCAUGCUGUUCCUUUGUAUGUUAUAGCUUGGAAACGCAGAGUUCAUGUUUUUGCUGACUGCUUAAUAUCACUUAAUAUUUCAUCAGUAUUGUAUGUUUUCUAAUUACUAAUAAAGAAUCAAAUAUUGA